GGAGAGCCGCAAGCAGCGGCCCGAGCGCGCAGAGGAACACCCGGGCCCCAGACGCCGCGGACACCCGGAGAGGCAGUUCCGGCACCCUGACUCUCUCGGCCCCCAGCGCACCCCUAGCCCCCUCAGCAGAGGAGUCGCAGAGUGAGCGCCCCUCGGCCCACUCAGGACCAGCUCACAGGACUAAGGACCAAAGGCACUCCUGGGCACUGAGAUCCUCCAUUUCUACCCACCGCCAUGAGCCGGCGUGUGGUUCGGCAGAGCAAGUUCCGCCAUGUGUUUGGGCAGGCGGCAAAGGCUGACCAGUCCUACGAGGACAUCCGUGUGUCCAAGGUCACAUGGGACAGCUCCUUCUGUGCCGUCAACCCCAAAUUCCUGGCCAUUAUUGUGGAGGCUGGAGGUGGAGGUGCCUUCAUUGUCCUGCCUCUGGCCAAGACAGGACGCGUGGAUAAGAACUACCCACUGGUCACUGGGCACACUGCUCCUGUGCUGGACAUCGACUGGUGCCCACACAAUGACAACGUCAUUGCCAGUGCCUCAGAGGACACCACGGUCAUGGUGUGGCAGAUUCCAGACUACACCCCUAUGCGCAACAUUACGGAACCCAUCCUGACACUUGAGGGCCACUCCAAACGUGUGGGCAUCCUCUGCUGGCACCCCACUUCCCGGAAUGUCCUGCUCAGUGCAGGUGGUGACAAUGUGAUCCUCAUCUGGAAUGUGGGCACUGGGGAGGUGCUCCUGAGUCUAGACGACAUGCACCCGGACGUCAUCCACAGCGUGUGUUGGAACAGCAACGGUAGCCUGCUAGCCACCACCUGCAAGGACAAGACCCUGCGCGUUAUCGACCCCCGCAAGGGCCAGGUGGUGGCGGAGAGGUUUGCGGCCCACGAGGGAAUGAGGCCCAUGCGGGCCGUCUUCACGCGCCAGGGUCAUAUCUUCACCACGGGCUUCACCCGCAUGAGCCAGCGAGAGCUGGGCCUGUGGGACCCGAACAACUUCGAGGAGCCAGUGGCACUGCAGGAGAUGGACACGAGCAACGGGGUCCUACUGCCCUUCUACGACCCCGACUCCAGCAUCGUCUACCUUUGCGGCAAGGGCGACAGCAGUAUUCGGUACUUUGAGAUUACCGACGAACCACCUUUCGUGCAUUACCUGAACACGUUCAGCAGCAAGGAACCUCAGAGAGGCAUGGGUUUCAUGCCCAAGCGGGGGCUAGACGUCAGCAAGUGUGAGAUCGCCCGGUUCUACAAGUUGCACGAAAGAAAAUGUGAGCCCAUCAUCAUGACUGUGCCCCGCAAGUCAGACCUGUUCCAGGAUGACCUAUACCCAGAUACUCCCGGCCCCGAGCCAGCCCUAGAAGCGGACGAGUGGCUGUCUGGCCAGGAUGCCGAACCCGUGCUCAUCUCGCUGAGGGACGGUUACGUGCCUCCGAAGCACCGCGAGCUCCGGGUCACCAAGCGCAAUAUUCUGGACGUGCGCCCUCCCGCCGGCCCCCGCCGCAGCCAGUCGGCCAGCGACGCCCCCUUGUCGCAGCAGCACACUCUGGAGACGCUGCUGGAGGAGAUCAAGGCCCUUCGCGAGCAGGUGCAGGCCCAGGAGCAGCGCAUCACCGCUCUGGAGAACAUGCUGUGCGGGCUGGUGGACGGCACGGACUAG